AAUGUUACCCUCAUGAAGGACAUUCAGGAGGAAAUGAAGGGCAGUCUAUGAGAGGCUGAGUCAGCUAAAGGACAUAAUCUACUCUGCAUUAAACAAAUCCCCAUCAGAUUUGCAGAAUCCCCCACCUUCCAUAAAUGUGAGGUCCUCCACCACAGCCACUUAGAGAGAGGGGGAGAGAAAAGCUAGAAAUCAUUGCUCAUUGUUACUGAAUAUACUGAGUGUGUGUAUGCAUAAGUAACUCCAUUUGUCAAUAGCUUCUGAAGUGGAGAGUACUUGAGAAUCAUCUCAGAAAUGGGUGAAGAGAAAAAAGAGGAAGAAAAAAAGGAAGAGGCUAAGGAAGAAGAGAAGAAGGAAGAAAAGAAAGAGGAAGAGCCUCCAGAGAUUGUGCUCAAGGUUGAUAUGCAUUGUGAAGCUUGUGCUAGGAAAGUUGCAAGAGCUUUGAAAGGAUUUGAAGGAGUGGAGGAAGUAACCACAGAUAGCAAAGCAAGCAAGGUGGUGGUGAAAGGCAAAAAAGCAGACCCCAUAAAGGUAUGUGAGAGGUUGAGAAAGAAAAAUGGGAGGAAAGUGGAGCUAAUUUCACCCUUACCAAAACCACCCGAAGAGAACAAAGAAGAAAACAAAGAUCCACCCAAGGAAGAAGAGAAAAAGGAUGAGCCUCCUCCUGUUGUAACAGUGGUCUUGAACGUUAGAAUGCAUUGCGAAGCAUGUGCUCAAUCGCUACAAAAGAGAAUUCGAAAGAUCAAAGGUGUAGAGUCAGUGGAAACAGACCUAGCCAAUGGUCAAGUAGUAGUAAAAGGGGUGGUUGAUCCAUCGAAGCUGGUGGAUGAUGUGUACAAGAAGACUGGAAAGCAAGCUUCCAUAGUGAAAAAUGAAGAGAAGAAGGAGGAAGAGAAGAAGGAAGAAGAGAAGAAAGAAGAGAAGAAGGAAGAAAAAGAAGGAGAAAAGAAAGAAGGAGAAGAAGAGAAGGAAGGGGAUGAUAAGAAACCAGAUAUCAAGAAAAGUGAAUAUUGGCCAUCAAAGUACUACUCUGAUCAGUAUGCUUAUGCUCCUGAAUUUUUCAGCGAUGAAAACCCUAAUGCUUGCUCUAUUAUGUAGCUAAUAAUUAAGAUUGCCCUUUUCGUGAACCUUUAAAUUAGUUUAGCUAAUGUUAAUCAUAAUAAUGUUAGCAAUUUUGCCAUGUAUAAUAUGGUAUGGUAAUAAGAUAUUCAAGCACAA